UAUAUAUAUAUAUAUAUAUAUAAGUGCUUCCACAUGGUUUUGAAUAUAGAAGAACAAAAUGCAGUCAUUCUUAACAACACUGCUUCUGCUUUGCUCGUGCUUUGAUAUUCUUGGAGGAGCUCUUGGCGAUGUUGGGACGGCCAGGUAUUAUGGUCCUCCAUACUUGCCAACGAAAUGCUAUGGUGACGACCAGGAUCAAUUCCCUUCAGAUGGACAAUUCGCUGCGGUCAGCAAUGGCAUAUGGGACAAUGGAGCAGCAUGUGGUCGUAGAUACAGGAUGCGAUGCAUCAGUGGCCCACGGCGACCGUGUAGGAAUCGAUCCAUAGUCAUGGAGGUAGUUGAUUUUUGUCGAUACAACCCCUGCAGAGCAACAAUGGCCUUGCCAUUCAAAGCCUUUGCAGCCAUCUCAAUCCCAAGAUAUGGUGUCAGGAUCAACGUUGAAUAUGCACAGAUUUAAUUGGGGUGCAUCCAAGCACCAGUUGCAAGAUCCAAUAAGACAUGUUUCAAGAUUCUCAGGAUUUGUUGUGAAAAUGUUGUGAACGUAGCAUUACGCUUUUUGUAAUGCUUGACAUUAUGAAUCAUGUCAGAUUGUAC